CUGGACGUGCGCUACCAGGGCGAGGCGGCGGCGGGCGACGCGCUGCGACGCGAGUGGUUCGAGCAGGCGACGGCGGAGAUGGUGGACCCGCGCCGCGGCCUCUUCUUGGCGAGCCAGGACGGGCUGCGGCCCAACCCGCACUCGGCCUCCUCGGCGGGCGAGGACCACCUCUCGUACUUCGCGCUGCUCGGCCGCAUCUGCGGCCUCGCACUGUACCACCGGGAGACGGUCGGCGUGGCGUGGUCGCACGCCUUCCUCAAGGCCGUUUUCGGCUACCCGCUCAGCUUUGACGACCUCGCGUCGGUCGACCCCGCGCUGCACCAGUCGCAGAGGACGCUGCUCGCCAUGCCGGCCGAGGAUCUCGGCGCCAUGUGCCUCUGCUUCGAGGUGGACGGCGACGAGGCGGUCAUAUACGAGGAGUCGUCCAAGCGGCGGCGCGCCACUGAGCUCAAGCCGGGAGGGGCCGACGAGCCGGUCACCGCAGCAAACGUCGAGGAGUACCUGCGGCUGUACGCGCAGCACAAGCUCCUCGGCGCCGUCGAGCCGCAGGUCGCCGCCUUCCGCGCCGGCCUCGCCGUCUUCCUCGACGGGCGCCCUUUCGCCUCCCUCCGCACCUGCUGCACGGUCCAGCUGCUACUGUGCGGGGAGGCGGCCAUCGACGUCGACGACUGGGAGCGACACACGCGCUACGACCCGCCCGAGUACGCACACUCUAGGGGCGUCGCGUGGUUCUGGCGCGCGGUGCCCGCGGAGCGCGCGCAGCUCCUCUUCUUCGCCACCGGCGCAACGCGGCCCCCUGCUACCGGCUUCGCCUCGCUGAUGGGCUACCGUGGCGCCGAGCAGCGCUUUACGGUGGCGUGCAUUGGCGGCGGCGCCACCGGCCGACUCCCCACGGCGUCGGCUUGCUUCAACCGUCUCUAUUUGCCCGAGUACUGCUGCGAGGCGCACCUGCGGGCCAAGCUGCGGCUGGCGCUC